AUGAAUAACUUUCAGCAAUGUAUGUGUGCCAAUGCAAACUUACCUGACAAGUACUGGGGCUUUGCAAUUGUCCAUGCAGCCUACUUAUGGAACGUAACCCCCAAGGCAUUCCUCAAUGGCCAAACUCCCAAAGAGAUGUUCUUGGGACAAAUGCCCAACGUAGCACAACUACAAAGGUUUGGAUGCACCGCCUGGGUACAGGCACACACACUUCUACAUAGAGAGUCCGGGAAGCUAAUCACCUCCCAAGAUGUUGUUUUUGAUGAAGGCAGAGGUGUUUGUCAGUGUGUGGUACUCAAAAGCUAUGGGGACAACCCCUUACCCAAAGAAGAGGGCAACAACAAGUCAAAGGCUGAGGUAAAAACCAACAACAAGAACAAGGCAGACAAUAAGAAGGACAAUGCCCCCAAGCCCGUAUCAGUCAGACAAUCAAGCCAAUCAAGGCGCCCUCCUGUACAGUACAGGGCAAAUGUGGGCGCUGAAUACGCCUGGUUAGCCAACACAAAUGCAAUACUUGAAGCACUUAACGCAGCUCUACUGGCACCUCCCAAAACAUUUGCCAAAGCAAUGUCCUGGCCAGGCAGUCCCAUGUGGUUGGCCUCUAUGACCAAGGAGCUCAAUUUGAUUGAGAAGCACGGCAUGGGAAAGAAAGUUGGAAGACCUACCAACAAGAACAUCAUCAAGUGCAAGUGGGUCCUUGGCUAUAAACUUGGAUUCUCUCAACGCCCAGGUGUCAAUUACACAGAUGUUUCUUCACCUGUAGCAACCUCAGAUGCCAGCUGCGUCCUUCUUGCAAAAGCUACAAGCAAAGAUUGGGAAAUAAUCCAGCUGGACAUAAAGACAGCAUUCCUCCAUGGCAAGAUCAAAGAGGAAAUCUACAUGGAACAGCCUCCAGGCUUCAAAGACACCUCCAGUGACUACGUAUGGCAGCUUUACAACAUGCUACUUAUGGGUACACCGCAAUCAUUCCUCAAUGACACAAAGGUAGAGUUGGGGAAAUCUUUCAAGCUUGUCAAUCUUGGCAAGCCCAAGGUGUUUGUUGGCGUUAAGAUCAAUUGA